CCAGAGUACGCCGUUACGGCAGCUCUCACUGCGCAUGCGCACACAAUCACAAAUAUGCCCGCUGCCUGACAGACAGUCGAAAGCAAAUCAGCAGCUGUAGGAGAAUGGCCGGCUAGUUUCCCUCACUCUCUCUUCCGUUCAGCGUGUGAGGUCAGAGGUCAUGGCUGGGGAUUGUGGCGUAUUCGUGGACUGGUCUCAGAUGGGCGAUGUGUCUCGAGACGCAGCUCCUGGUAAGACUGAAUAUAAAGACUUGAAGGAGCUGAAGCAGCACGCUCGCUCAGGCCAAUGGGCGAAAAACCACAGCCAGCGCUCUGCCGUUUACCAGCACCUGCUUAAAGCUCUGCCCUGUCGCACAGUCACCCCCGACGCCGAGGUUUACCGCGAUAUCGUCGGUAAUUCCACUAGCAAACGCAACCCGUCUGCGUAUCCAUUACCGGAGUUUGUUGACGGGACAGCAGUGCCGCAGUACUGUCUAAAAGCAGAGUCUGUAGGCUCAGUGCAUGCUGUGAUUUCCUGCGUGGCGGGGCAGUUUCCGGAUAUUUCACACUGUCCGUCAUUGCCUGCUGUGACCGCAUUGAUGAUGCACUGGAGCCCUGAUGAAGCUCAAUGCUUCGAGAGCGUCAGCCGAAUGUUAGCAUGCAACGAACCCGGCCGGCGUUUACUAGAUCAAACAUUCCUCGCGUAUGAAUCCGCCUGCAUGACCUUCGGCGACCUCGUGCAUAAAUACUGCCCGGCUGCGCAUAAGCUGAUGGUUGCCACGGCGACGGAUGUGCUGGAGGUUUACUCGGAUUGGCAGCGGUGGGUUUUCGGAGACCUGCCGUUCAGCUUUGCGGCGCGUGUGCUGGACGUGUUUUUGGUGGAGGGCUAUAAGGUGCUUUAUCGCGUCGCUUUGGCCAUUUUGAAGUUUUACCGCAAGCAAUUUGUGGCCUCCAACUCGGCUCUGAGCAAGCAGGACUCGGCGGCGGUCAGGAGGGACAUUCAGACGUUUGUGCAGAGCAUUGGGAAGAGCGUGACGCCGGAUAAACUGCUGGAAAAGGCGUUUUCUAUUCGCCUGUUCAGUCGGAAAGAGAUCACGCUGCUGCAGCUGGCCAAUGAGAAAUCACUGCAGCAGAAAGGCAUCACUGUCAAGCAGAAGAGGCAGAAUGUCCAGCUAGCCGUGAACGCAGAUAAUUUCAGCUCUGAGAUCGUCAGCGCUAAAGAGAUCCGAGAUAUCUGGUCGUGGAUCCCGGAGCGAUUCGCUUUGUGUCAGCCGCAGCUGCUCUUCACCACGUCAACACACGGCUGCAGCCUCAACCGGUUUUAUGCACAUUGUGAGGGAUAUGAGCCGACGCUGUUGCUUAUCAGAACUACAGACAGAGAGGUGUGCGGAGCCUUCCUGUCCACUGAUUGGGAGGAGCGAAAAAGGGGCGGGAACAAGCUGAGCUUCUUUGGCACUGGAGAGUGUUUUGUUUUCAGGAUGAAGCCGGAGAUGGAGCGUUACGAGUGGGUCAUUAUCAAACACCCAGAGCUGGCCAAAUCAGCUCAGUCUGCAGAGGAUCAGAGCGGUGUGGAAGACAACGGGACGCCGCAGACUCUGGAGAAACCCGCCACUGACCCGUCUCACCUCUCACCAUUCCUGUCCGCUCGACACUUCAACCUCAACUCCAGAAACACGUCCAUGUUCAUGGCUGGAAACGUCGACUCCAUCAUUAUCGGCGGAGGUGACGGAAACGCUCUGUACAUCGACUCUGAGCUGAACCACGGCCGAACCGAGCGCUGUCUGACAUUUGACAACCCGCCGCUGUGUGCCGAGAGUUUCCAGAUCGCCCUGCUUGAAGUCUGGGGCUUUAAAGACGCCAUGGCUUCAUAAGAAAGGCUGGUGGAUGCUGAGGCUGUAAGAUCUGCUGUGUUAUGAUAUAAACGUCCAUUCAUGUAGGUGUUAAUGAAGAUACGAUGCACUAAAAGAUCCCAUCUGAGCUCCAGUCAAGAUUACUGUUUAUUGUGUAUGUUUAUCCGUACAAAUUAUAUCAAGGUUUAGUCGGAUUCUGUUCAUAUCAGAUGAAAAACCUGUGUUUGUGUUACCCAAAGGGAUAAUUACCUCAUUCUGCCUAAUGUGGAAGUUUCUUUAUUCUAUUGAACACAAAAGAAGAUAUUUUGAAGAAUGCUGGAGCAUUCCAUAGUUGAAAAAUAAUACUAUAGAGGUCAAAGAAUGUCAGCAUUUUUCUAAAUAUCUUCUUUUUGGUUUAAAAGAAGGAAGAAACUGGAAUAUGUUUCGAAUAAGUAAAUGAAGAUUAAUUUUUGGGUGGACUAUCUCUUUAAUAUAUAUAUGUUUCCAUAUGUAUGAUAUAUAUAUUUGUACCAAAAGUGAUCAAAAAUGGUUCUUUUUCUUCCAAAUUUCCUUCAUUUUUGCAUGCAGCUUUGUGCCAAUUGGAAAAAAACAUUUGAUUUCCAGAUUCUUGUGUUAGGAGGAUCAUAAAAAACAGACCUCAAGUCAAAAACUCAACUAAACAUGUAUUUCCAGGGCAUUCAAUGUGCUUAAAUGGCAUUCCAGUGUUCUUUAAAAAUCAGAAAUGAAUAAUUAUCUCAUGAUUUACUCAUUAUCCUCCAAACCCGCAUGACUUUCAUAUACUAAAAUGAAUGAUCAGGUCUGUCAAGCUGCUUAAAGCACACAAAGAAAACACACAGGUUAAAUUAAACAUAACAUUAGUGAAACAAAUAGGCGUGUGCACUAUAUUCCAUUUUUUUUGUAGCUAUAAGUUUGCUGUUUUGUCAAGAAUAGAUUGAGAACGUUUAUUGUAGAUGUCAGAUCUCAUUUGCAUAUUAUGCAUAUUCAUGAUUGCAGACAAGAAGAGUUUGAAUGUGCAUGUUUGAUUUGGGAGCUGUGGUUGAGGCUUAAAAGGGGAGUUUACUGAAGAAUAUUACACAUUUUCUGUUCAUUUUAAUCAAUCUCUGAUGUCUCCAAUGUUAAAAAGGUGACUUUUUUCUUCAGAAGAACAUGUAAGAAGAUUGAAACUGUGGUCUUUGAUUCAUAUAAUGUAAGUACAUUGAUUUUCUUUUUUAAGAUCUCAGUGUAGCAUCUGGUGCUACUGCUACUAAGUUUGUUUUGCCUGUUUGCAUGUUUUUUACUCUCAAAGUCUGACAUUGUUUACACUACAAAAACUGAUUUUCUUACUCAGAGUUUUUGUCUGGUUUUUAGUCCAAAUAUCUACAAAUUCAUAAAUCGAGGCAUUUUCUGGACAAGUAAACAGUAUUGUUUUGUUUUUAGAAGUCAAAAUGAAGUGAGUUUUUCCUUAAAACAAGUACAGUAUUGAUAUUUAUGCAUAGGGAUAAACCCCUUGAGAUGUACCAUCUCAUUUUCAAGGGGGUCCCACAAUUAAUCACAAUCACAUAAUAAUAACACCAAAGGACAAAACAAAACUUACACAACAUUCAAAAACAUGACAUAAAAAGGGGGUGAGGGGGGGAUGAAGCAGUAUACAUACAUACGUGUAUGUGUGACUGAAUUACAUAUAAAAACCAUAAUCAGAUCAGUGAAUCAAUCACCAAAUACAUAAUAACAUCCUCAGGAAAAACAAGUACAAUCCAAAGUGAAAUAUGAUAACAAAGUUUGCUUAAAGACCUUAAAUGAUGUAAUGGAUCGAAUGUUCGCAGGUAAAUUAUUGCAAUCUGUUAGACCCUUAAACAUAAAAGCUCUUUUACCCAUAGAUUUAUUCAAUAAACUUAGUUUAAAGAAAAAACAUGAUUGUUUUGCUAGUUUUAAUGAAAAUCCCACUUAAUUUUGAUGUAUUAUUUCUAAAAAAAAAAGCAACAUUUUAUUUACUUGUCUCGAAAAUGCUUCUUGAUUGUAAUAAUUUUUGGAUAUUUGGACUAGAAUCAAGCUGAAAAUUAGGUAAGUGAAUAUGUUUUCAGUGUAAACAGUGCAUAUGAGCACACACAAACAGGCUAAAUUAAAUUCAUAUCUAAAACAAAAAAAAAUACUAUAUUAAUUAUAAUUCCAGAUGAGACACUGAGGUCUUAUAAAGCCAAACAAUCAUUAUCUUUUCACUUCAUAAGCUCUCAAUGUGUCAUCUUUGAUUGUAUGCAUCACCAAAGAACCACAGUUUCAGCUAAAAAUCACUUUUUAAAGGGAUAGUUCAUCCUAAAAUGAAAAUGCACAGUUAAUUUACUCACCCCUCACGCCAUUGAAGAUGUAGAUGACUUCUCAUCUUCCUCAGCUGAACAUUAAAGAAGAUUUUUAGCUGAAUCUCUUUGUGUUUGUGUGUGCGAUUCAUAUAAUGCAAGUCAAUGGUGACCUGAUAUUAAGAUUAAAAAUAAACACACACAAUUAAGUCCAAAUCAAACCUUGUGGCUCCUUAUGACACACUGAUAUUUCACAAAACAAAAAAGAUCAAUCUGUGCAAGAAAUUGAACAUUAUUUGCUUUAAUUUCGUGUAUUUAUCUCAGUGUAUCACAGGGAUUGAACUUAAUUGUACGUGUUAAUUCUUUAUCUCAAUAACAGGUCACCAAUGACUUUAUAGGAAUCGCCAAGAACCACAGAUUCAGCUAAAAAUCCUCUGUUUUGCUGAAGAAAGAAAGUCAUGUACGUCUUCAAUAGCCUGAUGGAGAGUAAAUAAACUGUAAAUGUACAGUCUGUGGAUGAACUAUCAGUGUAAUGUGUACUGAAGGAAAGAGGUCACCUACAGUACGUCUUUGAUUGCUCGUUUUCAUUUAAACUCAUCUCAUUGAAUGUAAUUGAUCAUAUCAUUCCGUCCAAAUCCCGAAGGACCCCGCAUAAUGUUUAUUUUUAUUAUUAAUCUAAGCAUCGAUGUUAAAUAUGCACAGGUUGAAUUGCAAUGAUCCAGUGUUUCUGUUAAUCGUUCAAUGCUCUGCGCUCGUUAUAUGAAGACAUAAUCAGCACUAUUUUAAGUGGGAAGUAUUACGUUUUAUGAUUGAUCCUAUUUUUCCUUUGCACUCGUUUUAAUUUGCGUAAUGUUAGGUAGUCAUCUAUGAAGUGAUAUCAAUAAUCAUAUGAUUUGGUUUCUAUGCAUUUCAGUAAGGAUGUUUCAUAUCUUUGAAGUAGAGCUUUGAUGAACGACUGUUUGUUUGAUGUACGUGUGCAUUGUGAUGUUUUUCCAUAUCAAGUGCGUGUUUGGGUAUUAUUCAGCUCAUUCUGUGUGUGUGUGUAUGUGUGUAUAAAGUCUUAAACAUGCAAAAACAUGGGUAAUAACCCUAAAUUAUAGUGUCAAACGUGUAGUGAUCUUGUUUUUCCUUUCUAUUUGCUCUUCAAGUGAAGAAUAAAAAACUGUGCAAGCUGUCA